CUGCGGGGCUUUCACUCGCCUCAAAGGCCCAUCUGCCUCCAUGCGGCGGUGCUUCCUAUAAAUUUCGAGGUUUGCAUCGAGUCCCCCCUCGACACCAUCGCACCCGAUCUCGCCCUGGUCUCCUGGUCUCCUGCUGCUCCACAUCGACGCCCAACGCCAUGUCUGCCAACCAGAACAACGCCUACCCUCCUGCCACCUCUGCUCCCCAGGGCUAUCCCCAGCAGGGCUACGCUCCUCAGCCUCCCCAGCCAGGCUAUGCUCCCCAGCCAGGCUACGCUCCUCAGCCAGGCUACGCUCCCCAGCCUCCUCAGCAGGGCUAUGCUCCCCAGCAGGGCUACGUCCAGCAGGGUUAUGCUCCCCAGACUGUUGUCUACGGCAACCCCCAGAUGUGCCCUCCCCACAGCUUCGUCAAGACCGGCAACUGGACCCUGUCCGACAUUGUGCUCUGCAUCUUCUGCUGCCCCUUCAACUUCUGCUGCUGCCCUCCCGGCCAGAGCGAAGAGCAGUGCACCAAGUGCGGCAUCAAGCAGCAGUAAGCGGACAGCAAGCAGCAGCGAAGCACCGUGCGAUCACCUUGCCCCUUAUCCGAACGCGGCCUCGCCGUCGUCGCCCGCAUUUGCCAAGCCCACCCCGCCCUGUGUACACCGCGCUUCUGUCUCGUGUCGGUCUUGCCCGCCAUAAUAUGAUCUCGAGGGUCCAUGGAAUCCCAAGCUCCUGUAUCCAUCCGUCUCCCAUCCUCGCUCUGUCUGCACUUGUACAUCCUCUGUGCUAUAAAUUCUUUCUCUUGGUUCAACUCUUUGCUUUCUCACGAUCUGGUGUUUGCUCUGGCUCUAUGUCGUCAUGUCUCCUGACCGGCAGCUGUCGGACAGCAAGUUCCCCACCCUGCCAAAGUUUACGAAAUAUAUCUGUUCGCCUAAUGAAAUGCCCGUGCAUAUGUGUGUGCUUUCAGCUGGCUCGUCUGUGCG